UACGGCCAGACCAAACCACAAGUAAAAUGAUGAAGUCAUUCGAAGAAUGAAAAACACUUUCUCGCUUGUCACAGAGUGGGACACAGAAACUGUUCUCUUCUUUCUUUCACUUCAGCUAAAUCAGAACCCAAUAGUUUCAUCUCAGAGGAAAUUAAGCAACCAAACCAACAAAAAUAAUGAGUACUGAAGAACCCAGUAGAAGCAUCACCUCUGAUGAUCGGAAAGUCUCUCUGGCUACAGCUCCCAACCCCAAGAAAAUCAUCAUCAAGAACGCUGACAUGAAAGAUGACAUGCAGAAAGAGGCCGUCGAUAUUGCUAUCGCCGCAUUCAAGAAGCUCAAUGUACAGAAGGAUGUAGCUGAGCACAUAAAGAAGGAGUUCGAUAGCAGGCAUGGACCCACUUGGCAUUGCAUCGUUGGUCGGAAUUUUGGUUCAUCUGUAACCCGCGAGACAAACCACUUUGUUUAUUUCUAGUUGGUCUGUUAUUCAAAUCUGUGUGACGAGGAUGGAGAUCGUCAAGAAGAUGGAGACAGCGAGUUUAUGAUCCUUAUGCUACACAGUUAGCGGCUGCUGUAUGUAUUUAACCAAAUCUACCGCCAUGCAAAAACUCUAGCUAGAGAUUGCUGUGCUCAAUUUGUGUAUUAAAUUUCACUUUAAAUGGUUUUGAGGUUGGGUUGAAAUGUGGUAUUUCAAUAAACAUAAUCACUAUCUUAUCAUCACAGGCAACAAACACAUCCAUUUUCCAACA